AUGAUGAAGCUAAUACUCAGCGUACAGCUCCUCUUCAGUUGUGUCCUAGGUCAAGUGGCGGAGGAGGGCUUGACAGGGCGAGGACUCGUUAGCACGACAAAUGGACCUGUCCUUGGCUUCAGAGACCAUGGCAUCCACACGUUCAAGAAUAUCCCUUAUGGUGCCGACACAGCUAACACUCGAUUCCAAGCGCCCCGGCGACCAGCUCCAUGGACCGAACCGAAAGUCUGCACUGAGUAUGGUUUCAUCGCACCCCAGCCAACAGGGAACGACAUCAACGGCACCGUACAGAACUCCCGGUCCUCGUCUAUUUUCAUGGAGGGUACCGGCACGGUGAACGAUGCGCUGUACGAUGGGGUUCGGCUGGCGAAGACUCGAAAUGUCGUGGUUGUGACGGUGAACCAUCGCGUGAACGGGUUCGGUUACCUAUAUCUCGGAGGCGUGUCUUCUGACUACCAGAACGCAAACCCAGGGCAGGCCGAUUUGAUCCUCGCGCUUGAAUGGGUCCGAGACAACAUCGAGCGAUUCGGCGGCGACAAAAACCGCAUCACGAUCUUCGGACAAAGCGGCGGAGGAGCCAAAUGUGCGACAUUGAUGGCGCAACCAGCUGCGAAAGGCCUCUUCCACAGAGUUUGGACGAUGAGCGGAGCCCAGAUCACUGGACGGACUCUGGAACACGCCAAAGAGACGACGCAAACCGUGCUGGCCAAAGUAUCGGGCGCGGACAACACGACGCGACUGUCGGCGCUGUUGAAUAUGUCGAUGGAGGAAUUACGCGUGGUGCUGUCGCCAGCAGGAAACAAUUAUGCGCCGGUUGUCGAGGGUUUGACGCUGCCUCGCGAUCCAUUCUUCCCCACCGCGAACGAGCAGUCGAGAGAUAUCCCGAUGGUCAUGGGCAACACGUACGACGAGACCCGCAAUCUGAUCGGCGGCUCCAACGAGACCUUAUUCAACCUCACCUGGGAGACGCUCCCUGAGGCGAUCGAGCGAAAUGUUCGCCAGUAUAUCGGAAACAUGACGGGCAGUCAGAUCGCGUCCGACUACCGCACCCAUUACCCAGAGCUUAGCCCGUCGGAUGUCUUCUUUGCUGCUACCACGGCGGCGCGCUCAUGGAAGAGCAUGCAGGUGCAGCUGAACAUCCGCGUCGCGCCACCCCAUAGCCCGACGUGGGUGUACUAUCUGCGCUGGCGGACGCCCACAAAGGAGGGUGCUGCUCACGCAUUCGAUAUCCCGCUUGUUUUCAACAAUCCCUCCGCGAUGAAGCAAACCGCGGGGGCUCCAGGCGUGGGUCAGCUGGCGGACGACGCGAGCUUGUUCCUCGCCAACUUUGCGACAACAGGGGAUCCGAAUGGGUUUCGUGGGGGGAAGGAUCCCAGAGAUGGUGGAAGGAAACGGGAUUAUUGGCCACGAUAUGAGGUGUCGGAGAGACGCAGUAUGCUGUUUGAUGUUCCGGUUGAAGUCGUGAGCGACGAUAGGGGAUGGGAGCGAGAGUACUUUAUGAACGAGAUAUAUAUUCAGCCCGGGACGUGAUGGCAGGAUAUGUAGAUAUAUCGUGAUAGAUCACCUAAUUAUAUAACUAUUUCACUUUGAUUACCGGUGGUCAAAUUCGUAAACGCAUGGGCUCAAGAAUCUUAUUUGCACGGGGCAGAAGUGAUAG